AUGACUCGUUUUGAAGAAAAACUUUAUUUACAGAGUGUUUUUGAUGCUAUUGAUCAAGUUUAUAAAAUGAAAAAAUCACAACAAAUAUCAUCAUAUGAAGAACGUUUACGUGCUUCAUUUAAUAAAUUACUUGUACCAGAUUGGUAUAAUCAUGAAUAUACAUCAACAAAUGGUUUACGAAAAACAAAAUCUCAUGGUCAUGUACCACGUAUCAAACGAACAAAUCAUAAUAAUAAUAAUAACAAUAAUAAUAAUGAUGAUACACCUGAUACAUCAAUAUCAUCAUCCAUUAACUCACCUCAUUUAUCUAAUGGUACAUAUAGACAAUCUUAUCGUCAUCGAUCACCUAGUCGUUCAUGGUCAGAAAAACCUCCAUUAAGACGUGAUUCAACAACAUCAAGUUAUGAUACAAAUACAAGUAUUGUACAUGGUCGACGAUUUACAACAUCAAGUAGUUCAUCAUCAUCCUAUGCACCUGGUCUACAACGUGUUACUCAAUCAUCAACAUGGUAUAAACCACGAAUAUUUACAACAAAAUUUACAAAUGGUAAUACAAUAAAUGGACAUUCAAUUGAACCACCUAAACCUUUACCAAGAUAUUCAAAAAUUGAUCCCGGACGUAAAAAUUCAUUGGAUUCUUCAACAACAAAAAUUGAUAAUGUUCAUCGUCCUAUAAAACCACGUACGAUGGCUCAAGCACAAGUACCACCAGAAGAAUCUUUUCUUGAUGCAUCCGCUGACGGUGAUGUGACAAUUGUACAAAACUCAUCAAUACAAGAAACAAUUGAACAAUCUAUUCUUCCUCAAUCUAUUAUAGAUAAUAAUGAAAGAAUAACAACUAAUAUACCACGUACAAAUUCAUCAAAAAGUCUUACAUCAGAAGCUGAAUCUUAUCGUUCAGCUAAUUUACCUCCAAUAGAUAAAAAUCUUUUAGGAACAGAUUCAUCAUCGUAUGCUAGUGUCAACGAUCGAUGUUUAUCACCAUCAACAGCUUCAUAUCAUACAGCACGAGCAAGUGAUACGUCAUCAUCAUCAUCAUCAAUAACUGGAUAUGAAACACCAACACCAAGAUUAGAUGAUGAUGAUGAUCAUGCUACAUUAUCUUCACAUAGUUCACUUUCAGAUUUAAGUCAUGCUGAAACCUUAGAACCAAGUGCUGAAGAUCUCGAUAUUGUUGCCCUAUCAAUCGGAGAACAAAAAUCUAUUAUCAUUCCAACAGUUGACAUUGACAUGGAAAAUGCAUCAUUACCAUCAUUAACAUCAACGUCAUCAAAUACUGAUAGUUUAGCAACAAAUGAUUCACGUCCAAGUGAAAAUCCAAAUUGGUAUGAUGGUUCUAUGGAAACAUGUAUACAUCAAACAGGAUCAAUUCAAAAUGAUUCAUCUAAUAUACGUGAAAUUACAAAUGAUGAAAUAUUACGUGAAGUUGAUAUAAAUGCUGUUGGUGAUGAAUUUUUCUUAUUUUCACCACAUAAUACAACUGAUGAUGAAUCAAGAAAUUUAUUAAAUGAUAAUAAACAAUAUAAACAUAUUGAAAAUUUAAUUCAAACAUCAAAUCGUAUAUUUGCAAUGGAUGAUAAAACAACAAAUAUUCAUCAUAAUUUUCAUUAUUCAUCAUCAAAUGAUCCAUUUGGUUUUGAUAAUAAUUAUAAUAAUAAUUCAUCAAUUAUGAUAACAAAUUUAGAUGAUAUCGUAAUUGAUGAUUAUGAAAAUAACCAUAAUAAUUUUCUUAAUACAAAUUAUCGUCGUCCUAUACAAGAAGAUAUUUUAUAUGAAGUUGAACAUGAAAAUAGUUUUUCUGAUCAUAGUCAAAAUACAUCAUCAAUUAUAGCAACUAAUGAUAAAACAUCGAUCAAAGUUGAUGUAAAUAUGGAUUAUUUGACGUCAACUGAUAAUCCUAUUCUAAAUAAUAUACCACAAAUAUCAAUCAAUGAAAAUGAUAAACAAACAUCUUCAUUAUCAACAACAAUAAACAAUGAUAAUAAUAAUAAUAAUAAUAAUGUUUUACCUAUUUAUAUAUUACCACCUUUAUAUACAACAUCAACAACAAAUGAACCAUCAUCAUCAUCUUCACUUCAUAUUAAUACAAAUGAAUAUUUUCAAAAAUGGGAUUCAUCUAAUACACAAUAUUCUGAAUUAUCAAGUCCAUUAGUAUAUACACCAAAAAUUCGUCAUCGUCAAUAUUCUGUUGGUUCCUAUUAUGAUAAUAAGACAACAGCCGUGACAUUAAAUCCAAAUUAUUUUCUUGGUAGUGCUCCUGUUAGUCCAUUAAGUCGUGCUUCAACAACAAGUAGUGAAUCACAUUAUCAUAUUCAUCCACAUCAUAGUCCUACAUCCUAUGAUAAUGUUUCAUUAAAUGCAUUACGACGUGUUAAUCCAUUUUUUGAAUCUAAUACAUAUUCAUCAUCAUCAACAACAACAACAAAUGAUCAUAGACAAACAAUAGAUUCUCAUUUAUCAUCAUUAAAUACAGAUGAGAAAACUCAUAUCACUAUAUCUACAACAUCACCCAAAAUAACAUUAAAAUCAGUUGAAAAACUGAUUCCAGUAACUGAAACUGGACCAACACAAAUUUUACCUCAACCUAUUGCUUCACCAUCGGCAGUACGUACAAGUUCUGUAACAUUUUCACAAUAUGAAAUUCCAACAACUCGUCCUAAACCAAUUCAUGAAAUUCCGAAAUCACCACCCCCACCACCUCCGCCUCCUCCUUCUCGACCUGUCAACUUCAAACAAGCACCAUCAUUAAUUCAAGAAAAUCUUACUUAUGAGAGUCCUAUAUUACCAACUCGUCCUAUUAUAUUCAAACAAAGACCAUCAUUAAUUCAUCAAAAUGCAACUUAUGAAAGUUCUCCAUCACCAAUUCAUUCGUCUCGAUAUGAACAAGAACCAUCACUUGUUCGACCAAAAACAAGUCGAGGACGAGUUCGUCCAUCACCAACAGUUGUAACACGAACAAAAUUAAAUGAAAAAGAACAUUUACAAAAUAUCUAUCAAGAUAUUGAUUCAGCAAUAAUAAAUACAAAUCAAAUUCGAACAAAAAAUGCUGAUUUACAAUUUAUUCGUGAUGCUAUUGAACGUGUUUUUGAAUUUCAUGAUGAUUCAACAAGUGAAUCAAGUAUACAUUAUGAAGAUGUUGUUGAUAAUAAUUUAAAUGAAACAAAAAAAAAUUCUGUUCAAUAUCCAGCUGUUGAAGCUGUUCAACGUUUUUAUGAUCAUAAAAUAUUAUCUGAUAUUAAUAAACGUAUUCCAAAUGAACAAAUUACUAAUCUUGAUGAUAUUAUUAUUAGUAAUUCAUCAAUAUCAAAUCAAUUACGUAAUCAUUCAUCUGUUGUAAAUCAACAAAAAAAAGAUCUAUCAAAAUUCAAGACAUCCGAAUAUGAACGAACAAGUUCAGAAGAAGUUGAUGAUACAUUAAAUGAUAUUGAAGAUGUUGAUUAUCAUGAUGAAAAAUUAAAACGUCAAAUAAUUAAUAAUCAUAGUACAGAUACAAGUAAUGAAAGUUCACCAUUACUUUCAUCAGAUGCAAAAUUAAAAACAAACAUUUUAUCACAACAAACACAAACAAUAGAACGACAAAAACCAUCAAUACGAACAAAUGAAAUUCCAUCAAAUGUAUCCUCUCAAACAACACGUUCAAUAGUACCACCAAUUGAAAUUGUAACUGAAAUGGUGAUUGAACAAGAUGAUAUAGCUAAUGAUAAUGGUGAAAUAGAUCAAGUAUCAGGUGAUAUGGUUAUAUUCUAUGAUGAUAUUGAAAUAGUUGAACAUUUAACAAAUUCAUCUUCAUCAGAAUCUGAUUCAGCAUCAUCAAGAACUUCAUCACAUCAUUAUUCAAAACCUAUAAAUACUAGUAUUACUCAAUCAUCAUUACCACCACCACCUAUUCCAGCACGUACAUUAAAGCCUAUUCAUUUACUUAAUAAUAAUCAACAACAAUCAUCAACACCAAUAAAUAAAAUAUACGAAUUAGAUAAAUUUUUACUACGUAAAAAAAUUGAUGUUAAUUCUGUUAAUGAUAUAAUAAAUCGUACAGAUUAUAUUAUUGAAUCAUCUGUAUCACAUCGUCAUCCAUCAGCACGACAUUUUGUUGGAAAAUUAAAUAAUGAUGAUAUAUCAUCAAUAACAACACCAAUACAACCAAUAAUAAUCAAUGGACAUGAACAUAAACGUAUAAUACCAAUAACAAAAAAUCCAUUUUCAACAUUACCAUCACGUUCAUCAUCGACUGUAUCAAAAAAUGAAAAACAUCGUUCAAUUAUAGCUGAUACAAAUGCAUUAGUUAAACAAAUACAAAAUUCUUUAAGUCGUAAUUCAUUACAUGAUACACAAAUUAAUGCAAAAAAUUUAUCAUCAUCAACGAAAGAUUUACGUGCAUUUGUAUCAACAACAUAUUCACCAUCACAUGAAAAUAUGAUUGAUGAUAAUGGUACUGUUCAUAUAAGACCACAAAUAAAUAAUAAUACAGAUGAUCAAACAUUUAAAAGACAUGCACGUUUAUCAAAAAGUUUUCAUAAUGUUUCAGAAUAUAAUAGUACUGAUCAAUAUCCUAAGAAAGAUGAUAAUAAUAAUAAACCAACAACAAAAACACAACCAUCAAAAUCUGUUGAAAAUAAUCUUAAUCAAGUUAGUCAAAAUCAAAUUAAACAAUCACAUACACCAUUAAAUUUAACAUCAGUUGUAACACGUACUUCAUCAUCAGCAUUACCUAAUUCAGAUGAUAAUACACGAAUGUUGUCAAUGAAAUGGUAUACAGGUCAAGUAAAUGAAAAUUCCGAAAUAUCUUAUCAUACACAUCAUAUUGAUGCUGAUGAUCUUCUUUAUGGUUAUAUAUUAACACAUAGUAAUCGUGAAACUCAAGCAUUAUUUAUGCGUCUUCAAUCAUCAAAUGAUCCUCGUAUACAUGCAGCACUUGAUGAUAUACGUUCACGUGUUGCACAAUUUGAUGCAUCAAAAACUCGUGAAGAUUUACAUGUAUUUAUGAGAUAUCUUGAAUCACGUUUACGUGAUUUAAAUAAUAAUAAAACGCCAUCCUAUAAUGAUAUAACAAGUGGACAACAACAACAAUCUGAUAAUAUAUCAAUAAAAAGUCGAACAAAUGAUCCUAAUAAAGAAACAUCAACAUUAAGACAACUUGGUCGACAACAUCUUCGUUCAUCAAGUAGUACGGGAAAUGCAACAAAUGGUAAUCAACCAGUAUCAUCUCGACGAUCAAGUCAAUCAAGUGCUAAUCAAGAAAAUUCAGCAGUUUUUGAUGAGAUGUUAAAUACUGUACUAGGUCUUCCAAAAAAAGGAGUAUCAACAUUACCACAAAUGUAUCCUUCUAAACAAGAGAAAUCUACUCCUUUAGUUCAAACACAAAUGACAACAAAUACAAUGACAAUGAAUAAAACAGGACGAGAUAUUGGUAAACGUUUAUUUGAAAGUGGAACAUAUAAAGAUCCACGUUUAAUUUAUGAUGUAAAUAAAUAA